AAGCAGCAGCCACAUUGGUAUGGCAAGUGGGUUCCCCAGCAACCACGCUCUCCUGCCAAGUGGGUUCCCCAGCAAUGACUAUCAAGACAUCAUUCCACUAAUUGAUUCAAAGUGCAUCCUGAAAUCCCACAGCAAAAGCUGCCCCAGGUACCCAAGAAGCCGUUGUUCCCAGCCGACCAAAGGCUCCAGGUGUCUCAGCGGCCUGUUUUCAUACCCUGGCAAAAGCCCCAAUUGUCAUGGAAGCCACAACAAUUAUCCUGCGAACUUUGACCCACGACAUCAGUCCCCUAAUGGUUUCAGAUGGUGGUCGUGAUGGGUGAAGUGGAGCUGUCAUGUCGAGCUUUUGUGAAGAUGUACCUUCACUCCUGUUUGUUCCCGAGGUGCAGCAUCAACGGGCUGCUGUUGUCGUCCGCAUCGGCAGGUGGCGCUGUUUGUGUGACAGACUGUGUCCCGCUGCUGCACUCACACCUGUCCCUGGCUCCUAUCACUCAGCUGGCCCUCACACAGGUGGAUGUUUGGUGUUCACAGACUCAGCAGAGGAUAGUGGGGUACUAUCAGGCCAACGCCUGCGUAGCAGACAGUAGCCCGACAUCAUGUGCGAUGAAGAUAGCCGACAAGAUUUCUGAGCAGUUUGACAACGCAGUUUUGUUAAUGCUGGAUGGCAGUAAAAUGUCUCCAGAUUAUCGGGUUCCUCCCAUCGUGAUGUACGAGCGCAAAGAUUCAAGAUGGACACUCAAGGACAAACACACGAUAAUGCUGCGACAGUGGGAGGAGACCCGGGAGAUAGCCAGCCAGAUGCUGGAGUCGGGUGAUCACACGCUGUUGGUGGAUUUUGACAGCCACUUGAACGACAUAACAAAGGACUGGACCAAUCAGAAACUAAACAACAAGAUAGCAGAGCUGGCCUCACCAGCUAACGGGAGCAUGUAGAGCCAUAAGUAGCAUCAGUUUGUACUAAAUCCAGAUUAAUUUAUGUUCUGACACGACAUCAUCGUCCUCUUUUAUUAAUAAUAACUUUUAUAACCUCAUACAACCACACAGAGUUUAGGAAUAUGUUCACUUUAAUGCAUUGUGUUGACUGAACAUGGACAUAAGAUAUGCAUAAAUAACAAAAUAUUUACAGUUUAAUAAAUGUCUGUCUUCCCCCUCCCCUCCCCCACAGCGUGCAUUGUGGCUCAGCCCAACACUGUUGAUUUACAUGAUAAUCCACCUUAAACACACUUUAACACUAUUACAACCCA